CUAAAUACUACUGCCAAUUAACGUUGUGCUUAUGGACCUUUAUGACCUGUUCACCCAAUUGAAAGGCACUAUGCACAUAAGAAAUACCUACCCCAAAUUCUUGCCCCGGCGCUGUGCCGCCCGCAAAUUGAUUAGAAUGAAAGCUGGUGAUGAUUUCACUACUAUAUUUGUACACACAUUUAGCUACAUCUCGUUGAUAUUUCUAUAUGCCCUCGUGUCGGAAUUAUCGUUCUAUAUCAAAAUAUAACCCCAAUUGGAUCUUUAUAUAGACAAUCGCAUUCAAACCUACAGCAUGCGCUUCCUCUUCUCCUUGUCCCUCGUGGCGUCCGUUGCCGUCGGCGCCUUGGCUUCGAGUUCCUCCGACCUGAAGAUUGACGUAACCCUCCCCGUCGAAUGCGACCGAAAAACGGAAAAGGGCGACAAUAUCCAAGUACACUACAGGGGAACGCUUGCCUCUAAUGGAAAGAAGUUCGAUGCCAGCUACGAUCGAGGCACUCCUUUUAGCUUUAAGCUGGGAGGCGGUCAGGUCAUCAAGGGAUGGGACCAAGGACUUUUAGACAUGUGCAUUGGGGAGAAAAGGACUUUGACCGUCCCUCCCGAGUAUGGAUACGGAAACCGGGGCGUUGGGCCAAUCCCUGCCGGAUCUACCCUUGUGUUCGAGACGGAGCUCAUCGGCAUCAAAGGCGUCCCCAAGCCCGAGUCCAUCGUCACCAAGGCCAGCAGCGCAAGCUCGGCUGCCAGUGAAACUGCCAGCGAAACUGCCGAGAAGGUAACGGCCAAGGUGGCGGAGAAGAUUGCGAGCAAGGUCGAAGAGGUUGCCGAAGUCGUUGGAACCCUACUUGUUGAUACCGACGACGUCCAGGAGCAUAACGAGCUAUAAGUUAUAGAAGAAGUAUUGGCUGGUGUAUAUAUGCAGUGGAACAUUGUCGUUCUUCUCAGCUAGCCUCUUGUCUUGGCGUAAGUUCAGAUAACGAAGACGUGAGAACUUACCUGCCUAACCUGUCUAGAUAGCAACGCUUGAUACAGAACGAAUCAAUAUAUUGCCAUAUGUGAUUCUUGCGUUUUUUUUUUCUUCAAUGCGUUUUAGUUAUCAUAUAUGAGUGCAUGGGUGGGUACCUACCUAUAUAUAGGAUGGCCUGUGUA